GUGCAUCAGGUUUGCAUUUCAGUGGAGGUCUUCAAGUCAGUGAAGGCAAAAGUGUUGUCGUCUUUGUAUCAUGUUCUAUCUUGAACAGCCGUCUCCUGACCAGCAAGUUCUUAUCCGUCAAGCACUGAACGAAGAUGUAAACACUCGAGAUAAAGACUUGGAAGCUAUUAAAGAGUGGCUCAGGAAAGAGCCACAUUUGCCGGAUACAUGGGAUGAUGCAAUGCUUAUGACUUUUCUGCGCAGCUGCAACUUUUCGUUGGAAAAAACCAAGAGGAGAUUAGACAAAUAUUUCACUGUGAAAACAAUUGUUCCGGAAUUUUUUACCGAGUGUGAUAUUGCUAGACCUGAAAUGCAGAAAAUUGUCAAUGAGUUAGAAAUCGCUACCAUGCCAGGAAUGACUCCAGAGAGCAGACGAGUCCACAUCGCACGCAUCGCUAGCAACGACUUCGAGAACGUCGACUACAACGAUUGCGCCAAAAUAAUUUUCAUGUUAGGCGACAUCCGCCUCAAAGUAGACAACCUAGGUUCAGCUGGCGAAGUCUACGUUUUAGAGGGCGAGAACUUCAUGCUUAAAUACCUAGUUAAAUUGUCGCCCAUUUUCGCUAAAAAAUUUUUAGUGUGUGCCACAGAUGCGCUCCCUAUCAAAGUCAAAGAAGUACAUAUUGUUAAUCCCCCAUUUUUCAUCGAUAGUAUAAUCGCGUUUAUAAAGCCGUUCUUGAAAGAAAAAAUUUUAAAGCGAAUACAUUUUCAUAAGGAUGUAACUACCCUCCAUGAGUACAUCCCCAAAGGUCUUUUGCCAGAAGAGUACGGAGGUACAGCGGGCAAACUUAAACUGCAUUGGGACAAGUAUUUAGCGGCUUGUGAAGAUUUUAAACCUUGGUUUAAGGAGCAGGAGAAGAUUAAAGCAGACGAGUCGAAAAGACCUGGAAAGGCUACAACUUACGAAGAUUUUUUCGGACUACAUGGAAGUUUCAGAUCACUCGCAGUUGACUGACAAAAUUUUCUGAGUAAUAUAAAAUAAAUUUGCGAGAUGUCACCGCACCUGUGCUUUCCUCAAACAAAA